GCUCCGGGAGCGCGGGGGGGCGAGCGGCGGCACCGACACCGGCACCGACACCGAUCACCGGCACCUCACCGGGGCUCGCAGCCUCCGCCGGGCAGGAGCAGGACGAGGGGAAGCGGCAGGAGGAGGCGGAGGCGGAGAGAAGCGGUCGCGGUCGCGGGUGCCGCCGCGGGGAGCGGAGCGAGCGCGGGGCGGCGGCGGCGGCUCCUCCAUCAUGUCGUCGGGCGGGGACUUCGGGAACCCGCUGCGGAAAUUCAAGCUGGUGUUCCUGGGCGAGCAGAGCGUGGGGAAGACUUCCUUGAUCACCAGGUUCAUGUAUGACAGCUUUGACAACACCUACCAGGCAACAAUUGGCAUUGACUUCUUAUCGAAAACCAUGUACUUGGAGGAUCGAACAAUCAGGUUGCAGCUGUGGGAUACCGCGGGUCAGGAACGUUUCCGUAGCCUCAUUCCCAGUUACAUCCGUGACUCUGCCGCUGCUGUAGUAGUGUACGAUAUCACAAAUGUAAACUCCUUCCAGCAAACCACAAAGUGGAUCGACGACGUCAGAACGGAACGGGGCAGCGAUGUCAUCAUCAUGCUGGUGGGGAAUAAAACAGAUCUAGCAGAUAAGAGACAAGUGUCCAUUGAGGAAGGAGAAAGGAAAGCCAAAGAGUUGAAUGUAAUGUUCAUUGAAACUAGUGCAAAAGCAGGAUACAAUGUAAAACAGCUUUUCCGACGUGUGGCAGCUGCCUUGCCCGGGAUGGAAAGCACACAAGACAAAAGUAGAGAAGACAUGAUUGACAUAAAACUGGAAAAGCCUCAAGAGCAGCCUGUCAGUGAAGGAGGCUGUUCCUGCUAAUACCAUGUGGCUUCCACCUUUCUCCAGAACAUCACUGCUUUCCCUCCCUGUCCUCUUCAUUGACUGCAGUGUGAAUAUUGGCUUGAACCUUCCCCUUUCCGUAAUAACGUAUCGCAGUUCAUCAUCGCUGGCUGUCUCGUGGAGAUGAUCUUUAGCUUCACAAGCACACCCCACACACACACCAACAAAA